AUGCCUGGGAAAUGGAUUUGGGUUCUCCUGCUACUGCAACUGAAUUGUUACUUUAGCUCUGGAAGCUGUGGGAAAGUACUGGUGUGGCCGAUGGAAUACAGCCACUGGAUAAAUAUGAAGGUAAUACUGGAUGAACUCAUCUUGAGGGGUCAUGAACUAACAGUUGUGAGACCAUCAUCUGCUAUUUUUGUUGAUAGCAAUGAAACAUCCAGCAUGAAAUUUGAAACUUUCCCUUCAUCCUUCAAUACUGAUGAAAUGAUAGAUAUUAUCUCAGGAAUUAUCAAUUUGUCGACAUAUGAAUUGCCAAGAACAAAUUGUUUGGCAUAUUCGCCAUUAUUGGAGAACUUAUUUAGGAAAUUUUCUGACACUUGGCUCAAUAUUUGUAAAGAAGCAGCUUUGAAUAAGGAACUGAUGUCAAAGCUACGAAAAGCAAGAUUCGAUGUUGUGAUUGCAGAUGCCAUCGGCCCUUGUGGGGAGCUUCUGGCUGAGCUCUUGGAGAUUCCCUUGGUGUACACUCUCCGCUUCUUUCCCGGCUAUACAACGGAGAAGUACAGUGGAGGCCUUCUGGUCCCUCCUUCUUAUGUGCCUGUCAUUCUGUCAGGAUUGAGUGGUCAGAUGACGUUCAUGGAGAGGGUGAAAAAUUUCAUAUGCAUGCUGUAUUUUGACUUUUGGUUUGAAACAUUUGAAUCAAAGAAGUGGAGUAGCUUGUACAGUGAAGUUUUAGGACGACCCACUACCUUAAUGGAAACAACAAGUAGAGCAGAAAUCUGGCUUAUUCGAUCCUACUGGGACUUGGAAUUCCCUCGUCCUACUUUACCAAAUUUUGACUUUGUUGGAGGACUCCACUGCAAACCUGCAAAACCCUUGCCUAAGGAAAUGGAAGAAUUUGUGCAGAGCUCUGGGGACAAUGGUGUGGUGGUGUUUUCGCUGGGGUCAAUGGGUGUUAACCUAACAGAGGAGACCGCAAAUGCAAUUGCAUCAGCACUGGCACAAAUUCCACAAAAGAUAAUUUGGAGAUUUGAAGGCAAGAAACCAGUCACCUUAGGACCCAAUACUCGGCUGUACAAAUGGCUCCCCCAGAAUGACCUCCUUGGUCAUCCAAAAACGAAAGCCUUCAUCACUCACGGUGGAGCUAAUGGCAUCUACGAGGCCAUCCAUCACGGGGUUCCCAUGGUGGGCAUUCCUUUGUUUGGGGAACAACAUGAUAACAUUGCUCACAUGGUGGCCAAAGGAGCAGCUGUGCAACUGGAUAUAAGAACACUGUCAAGUAAAGACUUGCUCAGAGCACUGGAAACCGUCAUUAACAACCCUCUGUAUAAAAAGAACGCUAUGUGGCUAUCAACCAUUCACCAUGAUCAGCCUAUGAAGCCUCUGGACCGAGCUGUCUUCUGGAUCGAAUUUGUCAUGCGCCACAAAGGAGCCAAGCACCUGAGGCCACUUGCCCACAACCUCACCUGGUACCAGUACUACUCUCUGGAUGUCAUUGGCUUCCUGCUGGCCUGUGUGGCCACCGUUACCUUCCUUGUCAUAAAAUGUUGCUUGCUUGCUUACCAAACUGUUUUUAAGAUGGGAAAGAAGAAGAAGAGGGAGUAGAGCUUUCAACACCACAAAGAAUGGACUAAGAGCCUACGAAGCAAGACCAUCCUAAUGAACUAGAGCACAAUCAACAUGGGAGAGAUUCACCUCUACAUUUCACCUAAACC